AUGGCGGCGCUGGGCUCCCCGGCGCGCACGUUUCGAGGGCUCCUGCGGGAGCUGCGCCACCUGAGCGCCGCCACGGGCCGACCGUACCGCGACACCCCGGCUUAUCGGUACCUGGUGAAGGCCUUCCGUGCACACCGGGUCACCGGGGAGAAGCUGUGCAGGGCCCAGCAGGAACUUCAUUUCCAGGCUGCCACCUACCUCUGCCUGCUUCGCAGCGUCCGGGAGCACGUGGAGCUGCACCAGCAGUACCAUGGCAAGGGGGAGCGCUCGGUGAAGGAGUCGGCCGGCCUGGUGGGACUCCAGCUGCCCGAGCAGCCCGGAGGCAAGGGCUGGGAAUCGUCGGCCCAGGAGAACAGCGUGCGGCUCGCCGUUCUCAGCUGCUCGCGAGGCUGGACCGUGUCCGAGGACCGCGUGCGAGUUCAGGGGACGGGGGACACCCCGCAGCAGGGGGAGGAUGGGGCGCCCCGCAGCACGGGGCCUGGGGACGCCCCACAGCAGGGAGAGGCUCGGGACGCACUGGCUCUCUCCAGGGCUCACCCCCACGCAGGACGGCGCUGUGGUCACCUCCUUUACCCAAGACUAGGUCAUCAACUGCUCAGUGCCCCCGCGCUGCACUUGGAGGAAAAGCAGCGAGGACACGUGGGGUCCGCAUGGUUGCGCGGGCCUGACCCCCGCUGGACUCGGGACAUUUGGACUACAUGUGCCCACGCCGUCCACGAAGCCGGCUUACCCCAGUCGACCAGCCAGCAUACCGUCUGCUUACUUCCGACGUGGGCUGGCACUCGACACGUGGGCCUAGCCCGGGUUCGGUUCGCGGUCCCCCGGCCCACCUACCCAGCCCCCGCGGCCCGGAACUCCCGGCUGAGCGCCGCAGGCGGACGCGUCCCCGGGAAGGAAUCUCGCGAGAUUGGCGCGGGCGCGGCCGACGUGCACGCGCCUGGGAGCCGUUAG